UGCCAUAUAGUUUCCAGUUGCCUUGAAGAUGAAUGGGUUUUCCUUUCGUGUUCUGGUUCACAGCGCGAGUGUAUCUCCAUCCACGUGGGGCAGGCAGGUGUCCAGAUUGGCAAUGCCUGCUGGGAGCUGUAUUGCCUGGAACACGGAAUUCAGCCCGAUGGUCAGAUGCCAAGUGACAAAACCAUCGGCGGUGGGGACGACUCGUUCAACACGUUCUUCAGUGAGACCGGGGCUGGCAAGCACGUGCCCAGGGCAGUGUUUGUGGACCUGGAGCCCACCGUGGUUGAUGAAGUGCGCACGGGGACCUACCGGCAGCUCUUCCACCCGGAGCAGCUCAUCACCGGCAAGGAAGAUGCAGCCAAUAACUAUGCCAGAGGCCAUUACACCAUCGGCAAAGAAAUCGUCGACCUGGUGCUGGACCGGAUCCGCAAACUGGCGGAUCUGUGCACAGGCCUGCAGGGCUUCCUCAUCUUCCACAGCUUCGGGGGAGGCACCGGCUCGGGCUUUGCGUCUCUGCUCAUGGAGCGGCUCUCGGUGGACUAUGGCAAGAAGUCCAAGCUGGAGUUUGCCAUUUACCCGGCGCCCCAGGUCUCCACGGCCGUGGUCGAGCCCUACAACUCCAUCCUGACCACCCACACGACCCUGGAGCAUUCCGACUGUGCCUUCAUGGUGGACAAUGAAGCCAUCUAUGACAUCUGUCGGCGCAACCUCGACAUCGAGCGGCCCACGUACACCAACCUCAACCGUCUGAUUGGGCAGAUCGUGUCCUCUAUCACGGCCUCCCUACGAUUCGACGGGGCCCUGAAUGUGGACCUGACGGAAUUCCAGACCAACCUGGUCCCGUACCCCCGCAUCCACUUCCCCCUGGCCACCUACGCCCCGGUCAUCUCGGCUGAGAAGGCCUACCACGAGCAGCUCUCUGUGGCUGAGAUCACCAACGCCUGCUUUGAACCGGCCAACCAGAUGGUCAAGUGUGACCCUCGCCACGGCAAGUACAUGGCCUGCUGCAUGCUGUACCGGGGGGACGUGGUCCCCAAAGAUGUCAAUGCGGCCAUUGCCACCAUCAAGACCAAGCGUACCAUCCAGUUUGUGGACUGGUGCCCAACUGGAUUUAAGGUGGGCAUCAACUACCAGCCCCCCACCGUCGUCCCCGGGGGAGACCUGGCCAAGGUGCAGCGCGCUGUGUGCAUGCUGAGCAACACCACGGCCAUCGCCGAGGCCUGGGCUCGCCUCGACCACAAGUUCGACCUCAUGUAUGCCAAGCGCGCCUUUGUGCACUGGUACGUGGGGGAAGGCAUGGAGGAAGGCGAGUUCUCGGAGGCCCGGGAGGACCUGGCGGCGCUGGAGAAGGAUUAUGAAGAGGUGGGCGUGGACUCCGUGGAAGCAGAGGCCGAGGAAGGGGAAGAAUACUAGAUGGAGUGUGGCUGGCAGCCAUUUAUUUGUAUCUCCCCGACUGUAAUUUACAGAUUUAUCUAUUAAAAUUUCUGUAUUGAGGCGUCCCGUCUCUUGUGCUUCAUUUUGACAAAAUUCCCAAUCCAGAUACCUGGCUUUUCCAAAGAGAUUUCUAGAGGGGAAACAUCCGUUUAUUUCUUCUCAAAAGAACAAAUUAAGCAUGUCUGUGCACAUUUAAUUGGUAACUACAUUACCUCCAGAAAAGCUUCAAAAGGCUCGGUUGAGGGAAUCGGAAAAAUGCUUUACUCAAAUAAUAUAUAAAGUCUUUAGCUCGCCAUACUUGGUGUUCUCGGGACGGCAAUCUGCCUUUUUCGCCCAAAGAGAGCUUUCUGAAAUCAUGGGAUGACUCUGCACCCCGGCUUGGCGGCGUGGAGCCGGGUCCCGCCGCUUCUCCAGGGCAGCGCAGACCCAGGUCGGAAACGCCCAUCCUUCCGGC